AUGUCUGGAAAACGUGGUCGUCGGCAUCGCGGAGGAAUCAACAAACGCAAACCACCAAUGCCCAUCUAUCCACCAUUAGCCCAAGCACCCAUAAAACCCCCAUUUUUCGACGUGGUGAUGUUGCAUGAUUCGUUUGAUGGAACUAAGAAUAACCUGGAUGCCGCGUUUGAAAAGGAGAUUAUUGAUAAAGCGAAGAAGAAGAAGAAGUCAACCUACAUCAGUUGUGAAAACAAAAAUUGGCGAGCUCAAAGAGCAUAUUAUCAAUGCACUAAACCUGGAAGAAGAGGAGAAAGCUUUAGCGGAUGUUGUGAUAAAUCAUGUGGCUAAAGUUGGAAGUUUCAAUACAGAUACAACUUUGAACACUUCCGCUAAAUCUGAUAUUGCACUUCAGUUAUGCACCUUGCCUUCUUGUGAGUUUUUAUGAAUACUUUUUCCUGAACAUUUGAUAAACUUCAGUUAAAACCCUCUCCACGAUCAGCAAGCGAGUAAUCGGAAAUAUCCAACAAAAAUCAAAUUUCAAAGAUGUGAUAACUGCAGUGAAUCAUGAUUACGGAUGUUGUAUAAUGACGCCAAAUGCCCAAUCUCGAAUUCUUGUCACAAUUUUGCCAGAAAUUUCAGAAAAAUUGGAGCCAGAUUUGCAUUUGUGGGAAAAGAAGUUGAUGAUCAAUUAUUUUUCAAUUCGCCAUUCUGAAUUGUUCCAAGAAGUUAUUGAAAGUGUCGAUUCGUUUACACUUUUAGAAUUGUGAAGUUUGAUCCGAGUUUUGAGACAUGCUAAGAAUCGGCUUUUGGAUUUGCAAUCGUUGUCGAUUUGGAAUAUUCAUUUUUUGGUGAGUGAAAUUUUGGGAAGAGGGGAAGUUUUGCUGAAAAUUUUAAGUUUUCAGUCGCACUGCGGUUGGGCGUCACGUUUCUAGAAAUAUGAAAUGUUUAGUUCCAAUAGAAGGCCGACACGUAAUCUGUACCAUUUUUCAGAAAUUUCAUUCAACCUAUUUUUUUCAUUUCUCACAUUUUCUGAAUCUAAUGGGCCUAUGCAGAUUAAUAUUUUGUAAUAAAAAAACAUAUUUUUUCCUAUGCAGAAAAACGUCGAAAAACAAAAUAUACAGUUUAUUAUUUUCGAGUGGAGACAACACGAAAUUGAGAGAGCCCAGACAGAAAAAGUAGUUUCUUGUAUUUUUUUUUCGAAAAAUUGUCUGCGCUCUCUCAAUUUCGUGUUGUCUCCUCUCGAAAAUAAUAAACUGUAUAUUUUGUUUUUCGACAUUUUUCUGCAUAGGAAAAAAUAUGUUUUUAAUGUUAUUACAAAAUAUUAAUCUGCAUAGGCCCCUAAUAAAAGUCAUUUUUGGCGUGGAAAAUAUUAUUUUUAACAUGAGAAAUUCUCAAAAUUGUCUGAUUUUUGCGUUGCUAAUGUGGAUCUUAAUAUGAGCAAUACCUGGCUGGGAAAUUUUCAAUUCUGGCUCAAAGACGUUUGUCGUAACAUAAGCAAUAUUUUUCAGUAUUGCUCAUGUUAUCAUCAAUGUUUCCGUGCCAGAAUUCCCAUUUUUGAGCCAACAUAGCUCAUUUUAAGAUCGACAGUUUUCCAAUUUUCAACAUAUGAAUGAAAAUCCAAAUUUUCCAGGCCUUCUACUCUCUCCUCAACGAUCUUCUUAAGAGCCUAUUCCAAGUUUCGCCCGAAGAACCAAAUACAUUAUCUUUUGAAGAACCAGUUGCUACUUCAAAAGUUGCUGAUGAUGAUGUUCCAGUUCCAGUUGCAACUUCAACAGUUCAAUCAAUUUCAGAAGUCACAUCUGGAUAUUCGGUCAAUUCCAAUCAAGUUUGCCAAAACGGACAGCUUUGGAUCAUGUGCUUCUCGUUUUUCAAAAUGUCGAAACAAUUCGGUUGUCAACAAGCAAUGCCCAAUCAACACAUUAUUCGAAAUGCUCUUCUUCUUCUUCUUCUUUGCGUUUACGAUCUUCCACAAUGUCAACCAACUGUCACACCAAUUCAACAUUUCAUUUACCAACAAAGUGAUUCGAUGAUUAACAAUAUAUUGAUAAUCCUUUCUUUGUUCCACCAAGAAAAUCUCAAUAUCGUCGUCGUGGAAAGACGUCAACCGAGAAGAUUCUUGAGACGUGAGUUUUUACUGUUUUUUUAAGUCUGACAAAAAUGAGACGUGUUUAGAUCUAUAAUACAAUUUGUUUUACACGUUCUUAAUUUCUGGCAUUUCUAAAAUUUGUGCAUCACAAUAAAUAACAAUUUUCCCGCCUAUUUUUCAUACUUCUGAAUCUGAUGAUUAUGGUAUUUUCAGCAUCAAUCGACUCGGCUUUCGCUGCUCCAUUCCACCGCCGUGCAUUUGUUUCUGAUGUUUAUUCUGACAACAAACGUACCGAUCAAGGAAAAAUCGAGUUUGGAAACAGCCGAGUUGCUCAAGGAGAUCGUACUUUUGUCGUUGAUGGUGCGUUUAAAGGUGCUCGUCGAUUUGACUUUCACUCAAAUAUCAACGAUGUUUUCCCGAAAUCUGAAACUCAACUCGAAAUCGAAGGAUCUGGUUACAAUCCGCAGAAAGGUUUUGAAGAUCGCGAAGAGCCACAUUUUGUGGAAGACGAAGGAGCAGAAAAGAGAGUACUUGUUUGCCGCAAGAGAUAUGCUCCAGUCAGUGCACCAACAACUUAUUCCACUCAAACAACCACAACAUACACCAACAUUCAACAAAACAAUAGACAAGCAAGUUCAAGUUGUGAGAUUUUUAUUUUGUCAAUCGAAAAUCUUGAAUUUCUAAACUUUUUUCCAGAACUAAAACUGUCAAGCUGUCAUCAUCCCACAGUUUUUCAACUUGGGACAAUGUUUCGAUGAGUUUAUCUAUUGUAGUAGGAUCAAGUGAGUCACCAAAAACAAAUAUUUUCGGUCAAUAAUUCUUCUCUGACCAUAUUUUCAAAUAUUUUUAUAUAAUUUUCAGUUUGCUGCUUGUUUAAUUGGCGAGCAAUUCGACACCACAAUCAACUCUUUCUCUCCGAUUUUUGGAAAUUCUUCAACUUCUGCCGAUGUUACAGUUGGAGGAUAUGAUUUCGUCUCAUCGAGCACAACCUCUUCCCCAAUUGGAGAAAAUCAAACAACUUCGAAACCAAUUACUGUCAUUGUUGGAACAACAAUUUCCUAUCGAGAACCACGACUUACUGGCCGAAAAUUGAACAUCGAAAAAGCCUUGGCAGCGAUCAAAAUGAUGAAUGGGGAUGAAUGA